AAAAUGCCAACUGCCAACAAAUGCCAAUCACAGCUGUUUGACAUUUAAAAACUUCUGAAGUUCAUUCUUUUCAGCUUCUUUUAUUUAUGUAACUUAUAAGAGAGAACUGGACAAUAUAAAAUCACCAGUUAUAAGUUAUCUGCGAUCAUCAGAAUCACCUAAAUGAUUUUACCUGACAGAGACAGUCUGAAACAGAAACAAAAUUAAAAAAUAAUAUAGGUAUUUAAAAUCUCCGUGCCUUUUCGUUUGUGAUGUAAUAUAAAUAAUACAAAUAUUUCAAACAGGUUUUAGGUUGUUUUUUUUGGUAAAUAAAAUGAGCGAGAUCAGAGCAAUGGAAGAAGUAAAAAUUUUAUUUAACCGAUUUACAAGUUUUGUGGAUAGGGAUAUAAAAGGAGUUCACAUUGGUUGUUACUCAAUUGCUCUUUUUGGGUUAACUGUUGCUUUAAGAAAAGUUCGACCUUUCAGCAAAUUUAAACGGCCCAAAGAUAUUCCCAAUCAUUUCAUAACAGAAAAAAGAGAACUGGCAGGUUUGGUAAAGAGAAUAGAUCCAAAUGGUGCAUUAUUAAUGGUAGAACAUAAACCUCUGGUUAAUAUACCAAUAAUAUCUUCUGGGCAAUUGCCAGUGAAAAUAUCUGGAGUUAAUGUUACUGGGCUAGGGUUGAAUUGGUUACAAGCAAUCGUGGCUGGAAGGGAAAUAAAAUUUGUGCCUGUUGUAAAGCACGAAGAUUUUGUUCAUUGCGAAGUAUUAUUAAUUCAGGAUACUAAACAGAAUAAACCUGAGUUACUAAAUGUCGGAGAAAGUCUUGUAAAGAUCGGAUUUGCACAAACAGUUCCUAUCCAAAGUCCACUCUUAGAGGAUACACAGCUCUUAAGUUAUUACAAAAAAUUACAAGCAGCAGAAAAUUAUGCUCUACGAAAACAGCUAGGCCUUAAAUAUUAUAUAAAACCAACGAAGAAGUCUUUACAACGUUUACUUAAAAAUUUAACUAACCUAUCAAGCGUUUUGACAAAAUCAACCAAAAAACAAAUCAAGCGACUGUCCCAGUUGAGUUCAGCAUAGUAUAAGGGGAUGACUGUAGUGGCCGAAUGUGUUCUGUUGAUUUUACAGUGCGUGGGAAUUUAUAAUAUUGUACAGUUUUUCUUUUACACAAAAGAUUAUUCUAUUAAAGACGAUUUGGAGUAUUACUUUGAUUGGUAAAUUUAAAUGAGGUGACAAACUUGCAUUUUGGAUUGGCUCACAAAAAGCAUUAUUAAAUUCAAAAUUGUGACUGUACCCGGUUGAAUUUUGAAUGACUGUUGUAGAUUUUGUACUGUUUUUUAUGUUGUUGAUGCCAUUAUAUAUAUUGUUUAUUACAAGUUUUUGCUAUUAUAUUUUAAAACUUGAUAUUUUUGUUGUUAUAAUAACUAAAAAUUAUAGUAUAAUGGAUCUACUUAUCAGAUCUAUUUUUUUUGCUGACUAGUGGUGGUAUGACAUACAGAUUGUUGAAUAUAUUAGUAAUUAAAUUUAUUUUUUAUUA